AUGUCGGCCGAGACAGGGAGGGAUAAGGCGAAGGAGAAGUCGGUGGAGAAAGGGAAGGAGAAGGAGAAGGCGGAGAAGGAGAAGGAGGAGAAGGAGAAGGAGAAGGAGAAGGAGAAGGCGGCGGAGAAGGAGAAGGAGAAGGAGAAGGAGAAGGAGAAGGAGAAGGAGAAGGAGAAGGAGAAGGAGGAGAAGGAGAAGGAGAAGGAGAAGGAGGAGAAGGAGAAGGAGAAGGAGAAAGGACGGAAGGGUCAUGGCAUCCGCCACGACAACUCGGGCGACGGUCUUAGGUGGGUGGGCGAGAUUAAGGUGCUCGGCGCUAAUCGAUACAUCGGCAAAUCGCGCGAGAAGAUGGAGCUGGCGUACUUGCACUCGAUUGCGUACAUCGUCUACGACGGCUACGUCAGCAAGGUCCUCAUGGCCGAGCUCACCGGCUUGGAGGAAACCGAGUUGGAGAAGUGGAGGAUGGUGUGGGAGGAGGUCAAGAUUUUGCCGACAGGGAUGUGGACGGUGAUAUGGGCACGGGGCGCGUACCUUCCAAGAACACGGUUCGAUGACAUUCUCGGCCAGUAUCGAGCGUACAAGAGCUCAGGCGAUGCGCACCACGACGCGCUCUUGCCGGCGAUCUGGUUCCCCGUCGAUGCCGUCACAAAGGAAGGCCAGGAGAAGUCGGAUGCUAUGAUGUCGGCCAUGAUAGGUCGCGUGUCCAUGUGCGCUGCGUAUGGGAAGGUCGCUGCGAGCGCGGCGAGGAAGGAGGGAGACACUGAUGAGAAAACGGCGAUGGUGGCACAGGUGUUAUCGGCCUCCGCUUGCGCCGUGUGGUGCUUAGUCGAGAACGACGACGCCCAGGUGGUCGAUGCUGUGGGCGAAGGGAAGGCGGCGGCGAUGGUGGUCGGUGCGAGCGAGAAGACCGCCGGUGUCUUCAAGGAGGUCAUGCAGGCGGUGCUGGAGGCCGAGAUCGACCGGGAGCAACCCCUGGGGGAGGUUGCGCACAACGUCGCGCCGGCGCUGCAGAGUCUCGCUCUGCACCGGGUCUACCCGGGGGUGGAUCAUGAAGUCGAAGCCGACGUGAUUGCUAGAGCGACAGUGGAGACAUUGGCGUUCUGGGGAAUGUGCCCCGUCGCCGGGCCGAAACUCGAAAAGAUCGGCAUCACGGUGCCGUGUGACGCGCAGAUGGAGUACGACAUUGAACACAUGGGGAGGAAGGGGCAGAGAGGCAAGCAGGGCAAGGACAGCACGGGGAAGAAGGGGAAGAAGGGCAAGAAGGGCAAGGACAGCACGGCGGCGUAG